AUGCAAUUUAUGAAUAAUGGUGGUAUAGUACGUCCUCUCCUGGUGGAGAUACUUGCCAGAGAGCAACCUUUGUCAGUUGGACAACAAGCAGAGAUCUCUUGCAGAGCGGUUGGCUCAAGACCACCCGCCGUUAUAUCAUGGUGGUUGGAUGAUAAACCUCUCACCUCUCACACACAAAAGAAUUCUGACGAUCGGAACGAAACGGUAUCGCUUCUUCGUUGGACUCCUCAAAUGGAGCACGAUGGUCGUAUUCUGACCUGCAAAGCUACACACGUCAAAUUGGAACAUUCGACGUUAGAGUCCACACUGUCACUCAAUUUGCACUAUGUGCCAAUAGUGGCCCUUGAACUGGGCUCUAAGUUGAAUCCGAAUGACAUAGAAGAGGGAGACGACGUCUACUUUGAAUGCGUGGUGCGUGCCAACCCACCCGCCUACAAAGUCGUUUGGGAGCACAACGGCCAAAUAAUGACUCACAAUCAGCGAGCUGGUGUAAUCGCUGGAUCAGCGCAUCUUGCACUGCAAGGGGUGUCGCGAGAGCAGGCAGGAAAAUAUGUCUGCACCGCUUCUAACGUUGAAGGAGACGGAAAAUCCCCACCGGUUAAUUUGCAGGUUAUAUAUAAACCUGUAUGUACGAGCACUGUAACAGCUGUGGUGGGUGCUGCCAUCAACGAGCCAGCAAAAGUAACGUGUGAAGUAGAUGCAUUCCCUCCACCCAAGAAUUUCCAAUGGACACUUAAUAAUUCCAUGGGAACUGUGGAAUUAGACGCGAGUAAAUUCACCAUCGAUAGUGCAGGCCGUUCAAUCCUCACAUUUUUACCAAGUUCUGAAGCAGACUACGGCUCGCUAUAUUGUUGGGCUACCAACUUAGCUGGAAAGCAGAUUGAACCCUGCAAGUAUAGCCUAUUACCAGCAGUCCGACCGGACCCACCGUUCAAUUGCUCAACCGCAUGGGAGUUGGGCACAUUGAUUGCCAACGUCUCUACACCUCACCCGGUAUGGAAGCUAAGAGGACUAGGUUCAGGGAAAGCCUUAAAACUGGUGUUCUACGCUUUUAACGCCAGAGGCCGUUCUGACUCCACCACAUUAAGAGUUCAUACACUAUCACGACUGGCUUUGCAUACAGACGCUAGCUGGAUGCUCGGGAUCAUUGCUGGGAUCAUAGGAACCCUUGCCGCUGUUGUCAUCAUAGCCCUACUGGCGAGGCGGAGGCACCAUGGACCCAGGCAAUAUGAAGCUCCGAUGCAAACUGUAAAAGGAUAUAAGACAACAAUACAUAACACUAAUCAUUCUCCGAUGCAACCUGACGACAAGAAUCCUGACGUAGUACCUCUAGGAAAAGAUUUCAACUGCUCGCGAGAUAUUGAGAGACCACCGGAGCCGCCGCCUUACGGAGCGGUCGUGUCUCCACCCGUUGGUUCUUCAAGGAGUGUCCACAGUCUCAACCAGCAUGAAGCCCGAUCAACCACGCCACACACGCCUAACACUCCGGCUUCUGAUGCCCAGAGCAUCGGCACGCUUGCGGACGAUCGUCGUAGCGUAACAAGCGGUACUCUGUCAAGACGGAGAGAGGUGGUCACGACUAGAACACCUCUUUUAGCCAACGCUAGGGAAAGCUGUGUUUAG